AUGUUCAAAGAUUUCAAGUUCUGUGCAGUAGGACACAUUGACCCCCAGCAGAAGACAUCGGGCCCCGCAUCCACAGUCUCUAAAGACAGCUCCCCACAAUUAUUCACAGGUGAUUCACUAGUCGAGAGUUACGUGGCGAAUAACAUUAUUUUGUGCAUCUUCUCUAUUGUUAUCUGCAUUUUUGGACUCGUGGGAAACGGACUUUUCCUCUGGCUACUCGCCUUCAACAUUAAAAGGAAUGUUUUCACCACGUACUUCCGGAACUUCAGCCUUGCUUCCUUUGGGUUCCUUUCAGUCUUAGUUUUUAAAUACAUACACGAUUAUAACCUAACCUUUGGGGAAUACCUGGAGCAAAAGACUAUCUCUUUCCUAAGCAUUUUUAUUGGCAUUUUUGGAUUUCUGGGGAACGCCGUCGUCCUCUGGCUUCUUGGUUUCCGCAUUAAGAGGAAUUCUUUCACCAUCUUCAUCCUGAACCUGGCCGUGGCUGACAUGGGAGUCCUCAUAUCUUUGGCAACAUUUUUUGCUGUAGAAGAUCCCUCUUCGGACCUCAUAUACGUGGAGCUCAUCAUAUUCACAUACAGCACCGGCCAGUUCCUACUGACAGUGAUCAGCAUUGACCGGUGCCUGUGUGUCCUCUUCCCAAUCUGGCAUCGACUUCGCCGACCAUCUCAAUUGUCCACCUUCGUGUGUGCCACUAUCUGGGUCCUCUCCUUCCUGCUUAGUGGAAUUCACUACAUACUCUUCCAGACUGGGAUCCUGGAAAAGGAUCACCCUCUCACGUUCUACCAGUUUUUUGUGAGCGCCCUGCUUUGCCUCCCACUCAUGAUCAUCUCCACUCUGACCUUGUCCAUUAAAGUCUGCUUCAAAUCCCAACAGCGGCAGCGAGGAAGGCUUUUAAGAGCUAUCCUCCUGACGCUUCUCUUCUUCCUCCUCUUCGCGUUCCCGCUGAAUGCUGCCUACUUUCACUUUGCUUUCUCCAGGGAUGCAUUUCCCUCUCCAAUGAGAUACGGCUUACUGUGUGCUUCCUUAAACAGCAGCAUUAACCCACUGAUUUAUUUUGUGGUUGGGAGAAAGCGGGAGGGUCCGACUGGAGAAAGCUUGAAGGUCGUACUACGGAGGAUAUUGGAAGAAGAAGAAGAAGAAGAAGAAGGGUGA